CGGAUUACAAGAUGGCGGUCUGUGGACGUUAGCAAGAAGGCCGUUAGAGUUGUUGUGUUUUCUGUGAAUUUUACUGUUUGAAAACAGGCCUCUUGUGAAGUUGUUUAACACCGUACACGUAAUGUGUUUAUGAGAUAGUUACAGACGUAUUUUAUUACUGUUGAGAAGUUAACUUGGAAGUGCAUGUUUUAUAACAUGCGGCUGGGAACCAAGUUAACAGGUCGAGGGUAGGAAAACACCAGACGGGGUGAGGUGAUAGCCUGUUAGCAGCCAGCUAGCCUGCUAGCUCGGACUCGGUUAACCAUGUCGGACACUCGGCGGCGAGUGAAAGUUUAUACGCUAAAUGAAGACCGACAGUGGGAUGAUCGGGGUACCGGACACGUUUCGUCUACCUUUGUUGAACGGUUGAAGGGAAUAUCAUUGUUAGUUCGGGCGGAAUCAGAUGGAUCUCUUCUGCUGGAGUCGAAGAUUAGUCCGAAUACUGCAUAUCAGAAACAACAGGACACACUGAUCGUCUGGUCUGAAGCAGAUAAUUAUGACCUUGCCCUAAGUUUCCAGGAAAAGGCUGGCUGUGAUGAGAUAUGGGAGAAGAUUUGCCAGGUUCAAGGCAAGGAUCCUGCCCUGGACAUCACCCAGGACCCCAUAGAUGAGUCAGAGGAGGAGCGCUUUGAGGAGAUUCCAGAGACAAGUCACCUGGUGGAGCUCCCGCCUUGCGAGCUAAGUCGUUUGGAGGAGAUUGCAGACCUGGUCACCUCUGUUUUGUCUUCGCCAAUCCGGAGGGAAAAGCUGGCCCUGGCCUUAAUGAGCGAGGGCUAUAUCAAGAAACUUCUAGGUCUUUUCAGAGUAUGUGAAGACCUGGACAACAGGGAAGGUCUACAUCACCUCUAUGAGAUUGUCCGGGGAGUCCUGUUCCUCAAUAAAGCAGCCCUCUUUGAGGUUAUGUUUUCCGAUGACUGUAUCAUGGAUGUGGUGGGCUGCCUAGAGUAUGACCCAGCACUGGUUCAGCCAAAGAGACAUCGGGAAUUUUUGACCAAGACGGCAAAGUUUAAGGAGGUGAUCCCUAUCACGGACUCUGAGUUACGGCAGAAGAUUCACCAGACUUACCGAGUGCAGUACAUCCAGGACAUCAUCCUUCCCACACCAUCUGUUUUUGAAGAGAACUUUCUGUCCACACUCACCUCCUUUAUCUUCUUCAACAAGGUGGAGAUUGUCAGUAUGUUGCAGGAGGAUGAAAAAUUCCUAACAGAGGUCUUCGCACAGCUUACAGAUGAAGCCACAGAGGACAGUAAAAGAAGAGAACUUGUAAACUUUGUCAAGGAGUUCUGUGCUUUUUCACAAACCUUGCAGCCUCAAAACAGGGAUGCUUUCUUCAAAACUUUGGCAAAUCUAGGCAUUUUACCUGCUCUUGAAAUAGUCAUGGGUAUGGAUGACCUGCAGGUGAGGGCGGCAGCUACAGACAUUUUUUCUUACCUGGUGGAAUUCAGCCCCUCCAUGGUCAGGGAGUUUGUGAUGCAGGAACCACAGCAGACAGACGAUGAUGUUCUGCUGAUAAAUGUUGUGAUCAAGCAGAUGAUUUGUGACUCUGACCCAGAGUUAGGUGGAGCUGUCCAGCUGAUGGGUCUGCUCAGGACGCUCAUUGACCCUGAAAACAUGCUGGCUUCAACGAAUAAAACUGAGAAGACAGAAUUCCUGAGUUUCUUCUACAAGUACUGCAUGCAUGUCCUGACUGCUCCUCUUCUGGCAAACACUGCACAUGACAAAAACUCUAAGGAUUUGCAAGAGGGAUCUACUAAAAUCAACCCAGUCUGUCCAGACAACUUCCAGACAGCUCAGCUGCUGGCUCUGAUCCUAGAGCUACUGACUUUCUGUGUGGAGCACCACACCUAUCACAUCAAGACCUACAUCAUGAACAAAGACCUGCUCAGGAGAGUGCUGGUACUCAUGAACUCCAAACACACCUUCCUUGCCCUUUGUGCCCUGCGUUUCAUGCGUAGGAUCAUCGGUCUGAAGGAUGAGUAUUACAACAGAUACAUCAUCAAAGGGAACCUCUUUGAGCCUGUCAUCAAUGCCCUGCUGGACAACGGCACCCGAUACAACCUCCUAAACUCAGCCAUCAUUGAGCUCUUUGAGUUCAUUAAAGUGGAGGACAUUAAGUCUCUCAUAGCUCACAUUGUGGAUAACUUCUACAAAGCACUUGAAUCCAUUGAGUAUGUCCAGACUUUCAAGGGCCUUAAAGGCAGAUAUGAGCAGGAGAAAGAUCGACAAAGUCAGAGACUCAACAGUAGAUAUCGCAGAGAUGCACGAUCAUUGGAUGAGGAUGAAGAGCUGUGGUUCAAUGAUGAUGAUGAUGAUGAUGAUGGGGAGGCUGUGGAGAAGAGCCGCAUGGAGGAUGACUUCUCUGACAGCUAUGGCAAGUACAUGGAGGCCAAAAAAGGAGCUGCCAAUGGAGCUAAUGGUGCCAAUAAUAAUGGGAAAGCUGCUGUAAUUCCGCCUGCCUCACCAGCCGUCACUCCUAACAGCAGUUCAACUUCCUCUGUCAAAACUGUUGCUCUUCCUGCCACACCUGUAGUGAAGACGGCUCUGGUGGGUUUGGUGGACUACCCUGAUGAUGAAGAUGACGAGGAAGAAGAUGAAGAAGAAGAGCAGUCACCGAGGAAGCGGCCCCGACUGAGCUCUUAAAGGCUAACUGUCGUCUGUUUGGUCUUUGUGGGUGGACACUACGUCCCUCAGUUCCUCCCUCCUCUGGUUGUCUCAUUGGUCCUUGGCCUGCUUGUGCCACCUGUCUCACUGAGGAGAUGCACAAGCACAAGCUCCCACCUCACUCAUUCCCACCUGAUCUUUGCUCCUCUUUUCUCCCUCAGUGAAGGAGAUGAGAGCCUUCUUUUAGAGAUGAAGACACAUCUGUCUCCUUCUUCAUCUCAAUGAUUUUAUCCCUUUUUUCUCUGGCAGUCUCCUCUUGGAGAUAACAAACUCUCCUUUCUUUCUCCUGAGGAGAAACUCAGUCUUUUAAUCUCAUUGCUCCUCUGUAUCUCUCCUGUCUUUGUUUGACCUCCUUCUUAAUAACUUCAUCCUCCUCAUCCUCAUUUCUAUGUACCAGCCAGAGAGGCUGCACUGGAAGUAACAGUGCCAAGGCAGUUCCCAACUCUGCCCUGUUGCUAUAGCAACAGUAGCAGGAAAGCUGCGGUACUACAGCAGCCCCACAGGAUCCCUUGCGUGUCCUCCUUUUGAACUCUCUUCUCCAUCCUCCUCAAACCGGAACCAAUGAGCUCCAGAGACUGAGGGAGCCAGAACACAACCAGCCAGCAUAUGAACUGAUGAGCGGGCCAGUCAGGCUAGCAGGACUAGCCAUCGUAGUGAUAGAAAAAAGCUUGACUGGCUGAAGUAGCGUGUGGGGCUACCCUGCCACAGAACUGCUCACUGUAGCCGGCGAUACAGGCAGCGUAGAGGAAUUUAACAAACUGUUCAGAGAAGAGAGAGGUUACAAAAUGUACCAGGAUGAAAACUCGGCCGUAAUGUGGCUUACAUCCAGAGGAGCAGGACUUAAACCUUUAGAAGGCGUGGAGUCAGUAUGACCAAGGCUUACAUAACACACAAACACAGUCUCACAAAGGACUGCAUCAGCCAGAAAUCCUGUAUUUCAUGACUUUGUUAAAAAGUACUGUACAGAUGUUUUUUUUUCUUUUUAAUCAUUUUCCCCUAACAUGAUUUUCAAAGGGGAGACAAAUUCCUACCAACCUGUGUAUUUUUGUUGUUGUUGCACAAAAGGUGGGGUCACUGUUCACCCUUUUCAGUCCAGUUCAUUUGAUUCAAUGUAAAAUUCAGAUGCGUUGCAAAUGCUGGUUUUAAACAACAUAGAAAAACUGCAGUAAAGUCCUUUUUGCAGCCAA